AUGUCUUCACUAGUAUUAGGAUGGAGACGCUUCCAAAAACCUUUAAAAAAUGAGUAUGUUGAAGUUCAAACAAGUGAUGAAGAACAAAAUUAUGAUCCUAUUAAAUCAAAGGAACAAAAAAGUUCAAAUGUCAACGACGUUCAAAAAGAAAGAAGUUUAGCUGUCGAGGCAAUACCUCCAAUAUUAAUAUCAGCAGCCGGAUUGAUGCUUGCAGGAUGGCUUUUAGACAUGGUUCAAAGUUGGCCAGUUUUUACCAAUGUUCCAGAACUAUAUAUUUUGGUACCGGUGUUAUUAAAUUUGAAAGGAAAUCUUGAAAUGAAUUUAGCAUCACGAUUGUCAACUUCGUUAGAUAAUCCAACGGUUCGGUACACACUAAUUUGGGGUAACCUCGCAGUCCUUCAAUUACAGUCGCUGGUUGUGGGAGCAAUUGCUGGAUUAUUUUCCUUUAUAGAAGGAAUAAUCUUUAAUCCGAGUCAUAUGAUAUCGUAUCAUGAAAGCAUGUCGAUAAUAGUCGUUUCAAUGGUGUGUGCUGCCUUAAGUAGCAUUCAACAUUUAGAUAACAUUGCAUGUCCUUUGGCAUCGUCAUUCGGUGAUUUAUUCACAUUAAUAGUUCUUUCUUCAUGUAGUGAAUUGCUUUUUAGUUAUUUGUAUUCAUGGGUUAGCACUGCCAUGUUCUUAAUUUUGGCUGUGAGUAUUCCUCUAUGGGCGUCUAUGACAUGGUCUAAUAAAUUAGUUCGACGUUUAUUGAUUGAAGCAUGGACUCCUCUUUUCGUUGCUAUGGUGAUUUCAAGUAUUGCUGGAUUGGUAUUGGAAAAAUAUGUUGAUCAAUAUCAUGGGCUCGCAUUUCUAACUCCUGUUCUUAAUGGAAUAAUUGGUAAUUUAGGGUCCAUAUACGCAUCAAGAAUAUCAACUCGUCUUCACUGUGGCACAGAAGAAGAUUAUUAUCAAUCUGAAUUAACAUUAUUCUUGAUUAAUAUUCCAAUCGAAAUACUCAUUUUGGUAAUUGCUUGGUGGUUUGGUAUUGGACAUAUGAACCUCACUUGGAGCUUUUCAAUUACUUACUUUCUAGUUUCUGUUCUCUGUGUGGCAUUUACACUUAUAAUUGCUAAAAAAUUGACGCUAUGGCUAUGGCAUCACGAUUAUGAUCCAGAUAAUUAUUCAUUGCCUUACAUAACUGCUGUUGUUGACGUCAUUGGCAAUGGGCUACUGGUGUUAUCUUAUUGGGGCUUGUCUAAACUUGAUAAACAUACUAAUAUGAUUGAAGAACAAGAUCCUUUAUAUAAUGAAAUACAUGAUCCUUUGCAAAAAGGAUUAAAAGUAGAUCCUUUAACUAUAGAAUCAUUAUUUGAUAAUUCAAAUAAAAAACACAAAAAAUCUCAUCCUUUACAUGAAUAUCUUAAACCAAGUGAAAAUAGUCUUUAUGUCUGCUAUAAACCAUGUCUAAGACAACAUCCUCCAGUACAAUAG